AUGUUAUCGACCAAAGAGUUGUGGGUGAUCCCUAUUGUGACGACGCUGCAGGAUGAGAACGUUCGAACGACAUUUGACAAGGAGUUGACCCCUCGAGUGGAAGAACUGCUAGAGCUGAUCGAGCAGAGUCGGGAUGAGGGAAAUACGGAGCAAGAGCUGAAGCAGUCUCUGCAGCUCUACGACGUCCUCAAACAGCGCAGGCAACAAGAUGCUGACGUCUUUGAAGUCGCCUUCGGGAUUGCGCGGAUAUAUGAUGAUCAGCUGGAAGACAGCGGUACCGCUACGAUCUACUACAGAGACGCACUUGCAAUGUUGGAAGCGAUCUUGACUAGACCAUCGGUCGAGGGUGCAUACAUGCGUGUCACUACGUUCGGUGCUCUUGCAAUGUGCUACGAAAAUCUCGGACAGUCAGAGGACGCCACAAACUACUUUAACGACGCUAUCAGUGCAUACGAAGAGCAUUGCGAUCAAGCGUCGAAAGUAGGCUCUAACGAGGUAGACGUGUCCGACUCUGAUAUCUCGCUUCUCUUAAACCUCAACGCCACGGCUGCGAUGAUUCACUAUCACUUUGCGGGUAACUUGCUUGCUCAAGAGCGCUGGGAUGAGGCUAAAAACGUCACGAAGAUUGCGCUAGAGCUGGCAGAGAAUUCUAGCAUGUCUACAGAAGAGCUGGAGCAACUGCAGCAUUGUGUUCACGAGUUGUGGCUGGAAUUGGAGUAG